AUGUCAACGCUCUUCGACAAACCCGCAGAAAAUUGGACGUAUGAUGCUAUCGCGGCAAACUGCUGUCUCGACUCCAAAGUUGGUCGCGCCUUCAGCAACGUGCAAAGAGAGGAGAUUGCGAUGCCGCUCAAGCGAAAAAGAUUCUGUCGUCCGGCUGGCAAGUAUGUAAAGCAUUGCAUAAGUUUAGGUGUAGCAUCUAACUGGGUUGCUGCUUGUCGCCUAGUGAUGGUCGCGUCCGAUGCUCCUUUGGCAGCUAGCCAG